UAGUGUCGAUACUUGAAUGAUGACAAAGCUCUCAUUUCCUUGACUUGUUUUGCCUCAUGAUGACUUGAAAUUUUUGGCUUCGCCAGUGUUCCUUCCUUCGCGAUUGCAACUCAAAAAUGGCAAGCGUCGACGUCACGUGCAACCCCCCACGCGACGUCAAGGAACGACUCAACGUCAGCCAAUUCUGUGAAUGGAGGAGGACACCCUUCCCACGUCCCAAAGCAGACGUGAUGCUAGUUUGAAGUCGAAAGCCGAUAUUGAGGGGAUCCUCAACAAGCUUGAGAAUCCUGCCGACGCCAGCAACAGUACAGAGUUAGACAAGCUGCUGGUGCAACUUCACGGAGCGACUCGCACACUAGGCGAGGGCGCGCUGGAACCUCUGUUCUCAAAAAGGGGUGUGAGGAUCAUUGGAGGAUAUGCCUUCCAAGCCCAUCCGAAGCCGGAGCACCUGCCUGCGCUGAGAUGUCUGAACAACAUCCUGGUCAGGUCGCCCGAGUCUAGGAAGCUCCUGCCCACCGAGAUCGGCACAGACAGGAUCAUCUCGGCUCUCAAGGUGUGUGCAGGAAGCAAACCAGCCCAGUUCAGGACGCAACUAAAGGCGGACAGCGCGAUGACCCCGAAGACGAGCUGGCUCUGGCCAACAUCAUCAUCUUCUCGUGCCAUGGCACAAGCUUGGACUUGACGCCUUGCUUUGAGAAUGAUGGCCUCGCGGAAAUCGUGAGCGCGGUAGGUAUCUUGCCCCAGCGCUCACCGCACAUCCUAAUUCAUAUCAGAACAUCCAACGUCACGCAAACCAAGGGCCA